AUGAUAAACUUUGAAAAUCUUUUUGUAUGCGCUCUGCUCACUGCAAGCAGUGCAGUGCGCGGCACCCGGCACUCGGCACCGGACACCGGGCACCCGGCACUCGGCACCCGACACCGGGCACCCGGCACUCAGCACCCGACACCGGGCACCCGGCACUCGGCACCCGACACCGGGCACCCGGCACUCGGCACCCGACACCGGGCACCCGGCACUCAGCACCCGACACCGGGCACCCGGCACUCGGCACCCGACACCGGGCACCCGGCACUCAGCACCCGACACCGGGCACCCGGCACUCGGCACCGGACACCGGGCACCCGGCACUCGGCACCCGACACCGGGCACCCGGCACUCGGCACCGUGCAGACAAUGGAUCCCGCCCUCGCGAUGCACCGCUGCUCGUGCGAUUUCACUUUUUAUCUCGUCUAA